AUGACAGCAUAUGAGCCGGAUUGGUGUGCUACACCAGCAGACGUGAUUAAAGCGGGCGAGGAGAUCAAAACGAAACGAAUUAAAAAAUCGGUAGAUCGAACAUUACGGUGGUUAGACGACUGUUUGGCUGCGUCGCCUGCCCCGGUGAUUGCACCUGUGGUCGGCUUCAACAAUGUAGAGGAGCGCGUACGAUCGGCAAGUGAGACCGCCAAACGCGAACAAGUGGCUGGAUUUGUGUUGAACGCGUUUGAAUUGGAGGGUGAUGUGCGCACAGAGUGCAUUCGGACAUCCAUCGAACAAUUACCUGCCAACAAACCCAGACUUGCCUAUGGAUACUCCACUCCAGAGAGCAUAUUGGAUGGUAUAACGCAGGGAAUUGAUCUAUUUGACGGAAGCUAUGCAUACAAAAUGACGGAGCGUGGACGGGCCAUUACAUUCAAAUUUGGUGAUAGCAUGUCGCCACCAAAAGAUGAAGAGAAGCCGGAAAAAUCGUUGAACUUGUGGGAUACACGACUUGCACAGUCUUUUGAUGCGAUUGAUUCAUCGUGUGGCUGCUACACGUGCACCACGCCUCAUACCAAAGCUUAUAUCCAUCAUUUGUUGAACGCCCACGAAAUGCUUGGUCCGCUGCUCAUCAUGAUGCAUAAUGUAUAUCAGCUGGAGCAUUUUAUGGGUGCUGUGCGUAACAGCAUCGAUAACAAGACAUUUGAUGCCGACAAAGAAGCGUUCAUGGCCAAACACAACCACGGAAAGGAGGGCAGUGGGAGUGAAGGACAUCAAGAUGAAAUCGACUUUGAGUCACUCGGUAGUCCAGUGAAAAAGAACCGGGUUCUUUGA